AUGAAGCCACACACUGCAGCACCACACCAUACCGCAUCACACCACCUUGAAUCACCACACUACACCAGACUGCAGCACCACACCAUACCGCAACACCACACUACACCAGACUGCAGCACCACACCAUACCGCAUCACCACACUACACCAGACUGCAGCACCACACCAGACCGCAUCACCACACUACACCAGACUGCAGCACCACACCAGACCGCAUCACCACACUACACCAGACUGCAGCACCACACCAGACCACAUCACACCACCCUACAUCACCACACCAGACCACAUCACACCACCCUACAUCACCACACCAGACCACAUCACACCACCCUACAUCACCACACCAGACCACAUCACACCACCCUACAUCACCACACCAGACCACAUCACACCACCCUACAUCACCACACCAGACCGCAUCACACCACCCUACAUCACCACACCAAACCACAUCAUUACACCAGACAACAUCACCACACCAGACCACUUCACCACACUACAUCAGACUGCAGCACCACACCAAACCACAUCAUUUCACCAGACAUGA